AUGGCUGUAGAGGCCGAUCCUGGUUGGCUUCAGAUGGCUGUAGAGGCCGAUCCAGGUGGGUCUUCAGAUGGCUGUAGAGGCCGAUCCAGGAGACACAUAUUUUGGUGCCAUUCGGGCAGGUGUGAGUGCUGGUUGGGCUUUCCUGUUGAAAGAUUCUCUCUGUGUUGCUGCCCCGAUGAACAUAUAUUUGGUGUAGUGAAGCCCCAAUGUGGAUGUUUUUGUCUGUUUAGUGCAGUGUCCUCCCAGCUGUGUCUGUUUAGUGCAGUGUCCUCCCAGUUGUGUCUGUUUAGUUCAGUGUCCUCCCAGCUGUGUCUGUUUAGUGCAGUGUCCUCCCAGCAGUGUCUGUUUAGUGCAGUGUCCUCCCAGUUGUGUCUGUUUAGUUCAGUGUCCUCCCAGCUGUGUCUGUUUAGUGCAGUGUCCUCCCAGCAGUGUUUGUUUAGUGCAGUGUCCUCCCAGCUGUGUCUGUUUAGUGCAGUGUCCUCCCAGCUGUGUCUGUUUAGUGCAGUGUCCUCCCAGCUGUGUCUGUUUAGUGCAGUGUCCUCCCAGCUGUGUCUCUUUAGUGCAGUGUCCUCCCAGCUGUGUCUGUUUAGUGCAGUGUCCUCCCAGCUGUGUCUGUUUAGUGCAGUGUCCUCCCAGUUGUGUCUCUUUAGUGCAGUGUCCUCCCAGCUGUGUCUCUUUAGUGCAGUGUCCUCCCAGCUGUGUCUGUUUAGUGCAGUGUCCUCCCAGCAGUGUCUGUUUAGUGCAGUGUCCUCCCAGCUGUGUCUGUUUAGUGCAGUGUCCUCCCAGCUGUGUCUGUUUAGUGCAGUGUCCUCCCAGCUGUGUCUGUUUAGUGCAGUGUCCUCCCAGCUGUGUCUGUUUAGUUCAGUGUCCUCCCAGCUGUGUCUGUUUAGUGCAGUGUCCUCCCAGCAGUGUCUGUUUAGUGCAGUGUCCUCCCAGCAGUGUCUGUUUAGUGCAGUGUCCUCCCAGCUGUGUCUGUUUAGUGCAGUGUCCUCCCAGCUGUGUCUGUUUAGUGCAGUGUCCUCCCAGCUGUGUCUGUUUAGUGCAGUGUCCUCCCAGCUGUGUCUGUUUAGUGCAGUGUCCUCCCAGCUGUGUCUGUUUAGUUCAGUGUCCUCCCAGCUGUGUCUGUUUAGUGCAGUGUCCUCCCAGCUGUGUCUGUUUAGUGCAGUGUCCUCCCAGCAGUGUCUGUUUAGUGCAGUGUCCUCCCAGCUGUGUCUGUUUAGUGCAGUGUCCUCCCAGCUGUGUCUGUUUAGUGCAGUGUCCUCCCAGCUGUGUCUGUUUAGUGCAGUGUCCUCCCAGCUGUGUCUGUUAAGUGCAGUGUCCUCCCAGCUGUGUCUGUUUAGUGCAGUGUCCUCCCAGCAGUGUCUGUUUAGUGCAGUGUCCUCCCAGCUGUGUCUGUUUAGUGCAGUGUCCUCCCAGCAGUGUCUGUUUAGUGCAGUGUCCUCCCAGCUGUGUCUGUUUAGUGCAGUGUCCUCCCAGUUGUGUCUGUUUAGUGCAGUGUCCUCCCAGCAGUGUCUGUUUAGUGCAGUGUCCUCCCAGCUGUGUCUGUUUAGUGCAGUGUCCUCCCAGUUGUGUCUGUUUAGUGCAGUGUCCUCCCAGCUGUGUCUGUUUAGUGCAGUGUCCUCCCAGCUGUUGGAGGUGAUGUGGAAUUUCUUAUGUUUUUUUUAUUUCAUACUGUCUUUGCGGCUUUUAUUUUGCUCGCCUGGGACGCGAGAGGAGGACGCGAGAGGAGGACGGGAGAGGAGGACGGGAGAGGAGGACGGGAGGGAGGACGCGAGAGGAGGACGGGAGAGGAGGACGGGAGAGGACGGGAGAGGAGGACGGGAGAGGAGGACGGGAGGGAGGACUGGGAGGACGCGACCCGUUUCAGGAGCUUUCAUGAAACAGAGAAGAAUGGGGCUGAAUGACUUCAUUCAAAGGCUGGCCACGAGUAACUCAUUCACCUGCAAACAGUGAGUAGCUAUGACCUGACUCAAAGACAAAUUGAAAGCUAUUACACUACUGUGUAAUGUAAUAUAAUGAUCAUGUAACUACUGUGUAAUGUAAUAUAUUGAUCAUGUGUAAUGUAAUAUAUUGAUCAUGUAACUACUGUGUAAUAUAAUGAUCAUGUAACUACUGUGUAUGUAAUAUAUUGAUCAUGUAACUACUGUGUAAUGUAAUAUAUUGAUCAUGUAACUACUGUGUAAUGUAAUAUAUUGAUCAUGUAACUACUGUGUAAUGUAAUAUAUUGAUCAUGUAACUACUGUGUAAUGUAAUGAUCCUCAUGUCUGAUGAUUUAUGCAUAUUUGUACCUGUUUUGCUUUAUUAAGGAUUUUCAUUAGGAUUGUAUAUUGAAUAAGGCUAUAUCUAAAUUCCCUCUCUUUCUCUCU